AUGGCUGAUCUACCUGCGGUACGUGUCACUAAGUCGAGAUCUUUUUUGCACACUGGUAUCGAUCUUUGUGGACCAGUCAGCUUACGAACAUCGAAGAUCCGUGGAAGUAAAAUCUACAAGGGUUACAUCAUUCUGUUCGUGUGUAUGUCGGUCAAAGCUGUUCAUUUGGAACCUGUGAUCGACCAAUCAUCUCAAGCGUUCAUGAUGGCCUUGCAGAGAUUCGUAUCGAGACGAGGAUUGUGCUCCGAUCUGUAUUCUGAUUGUGGCUCGAAUUUCAUUGGCGCACGUCGACAGUUGCAGUCUGAUCAUUAUGAUUAUUUGAGGUCUAUUCAUCUUGAGCUAGUCAAUGAAUUAGCCAAUCAAGGCAUCGCAUUCCAUUUUAACCCACCUUCUGCUCCAUCAUUCGGCGGUAUUUGGGAAUCAAAUGUCAGACGAUUGAAACAACACUUGUAUCGAACUGUCACUGGCGAUCAAUCAACGACGUACGACGAAUUAGCGACAUUGCUAGCAAGAAUUGAAAGCUGUUUAAAUUCACGUCCGUUGAUCCCGAUGUCAAAUGACCCAGACGACUUUUCGUACUUAACACCAGGCCACUUCCUCAUCGGUGAUUCGCUCUUGGCAAUCCCUGAACCAAAUCUUUUGGAUCAGAAAGUUUUGCCCCUUAACCGAUACAAUAUAAUGUUGAAGAGAGUUCAAACAUUUUGGAAUGUUUUCCACAACGACUACCUCAAAACGCUUCAGCAGCGUGCCAAAUGGACACGUGAACAACCCAACCUGAAAAUUGGUGAUGUUGUACUCAUCAAAGAAGACAACCUGCCACCGUCUAGAUGGAUAAUGGGACGAAUCGUCGAAACACACCCAGGUAUCGAUGGUUUGGUUCGAGUCUGUUCGGUUAAGACGAAAACGGGAAUCUUCAAGCGACCUGUCGUCAAACUAUCGCCUUUGCCCAUCAACGAGCAUUCCCAACUAAGCGAACUAAUUGAAGACGAUGCUGAGACACCAAAUGCUGAGUCUUCGACAGACAUCAUUCCGCCAAACCCUAAUGUUUUGUCGAGUUGUCUACCCGUUCAUCCAACGAAAAAUAUUAUCAUCGAAGGUAAUAUUGGUUCCGGCAAAAGCACUCUUUUGGAGCAUCUACAAGGUUUGCCACAAUGCGAAGUUUUCUUUGAACCCAUUACAAAAUGGUGUUCUGUGAAUGGCUACAAUCUGCUGCAAUUGAUGUACGAGGACAAAACCCGUUGGAGCUUCCAGUUCCAGAUGUAUGCAUUGCUGACGAUGAUACAAAUCCAAAACACCGCAUCCGAAGCAGCAGUCAGAGUGUUCGAACGAUCCAUUAUCACAACCCCAAGGGUUUUUAUCGAAGCCCUUAAACGAGAGAAUUCAAUCCAUACCAUUGAAUACCACAUUCUGCGCGAGUG